GGGGGGGGCAAUACUUCUGCCGGCCUUGCUCGGACUGACUCCCACACUCGGCCUUCAGUUAGGUCGCAGAGCUUUGUGACAGCAUCUUGCACGGAUACGACGCUACAGCGGUGACAACAUCUCUCCACAGACAUACAAACACCUGGCAAAGUACUCAAAACCGCUUCUGUGAUAGUACAACUAAGUAGGCGUCUCCAGGACCAUAUUUUGCUAUGAUGACUCACAAGGUAAAAACAAUAACCAGUGUCGUCGUCGCGACUGGUAAAAACAUUGUCUGAAUUUUUGUGUGUGUGUGUGGAGAACAUUUCUGGCCACAGGGACACACAGGCUUGCUGCUAAUACCUGCUAGCCUGUACAUUACCGCACUGGGGCCCCAGUCAGGUCAACUGCAGUCUGGAGCCCUUACUGUGUGUGCGAAUGUGCACUCAUCAUGUGUUUAUGUGCCAGUGUGCACCUUACUCAGUCAGAUGCUAUAGCUAUAAAUCUGCCUCACCCUUUCCUGGCCCGCUGAGGACUCAGCAGGAGCAGUUGGGGAGGGGGUUCACCCUUUUUCAAAGCAGGGGAGGAGAGAGGAGAGGGUACAGGGUUAGAGGGGAAGAGAGAUAAAUGAGGGAGGGGGCUUAAUGAGAGCCCGGGCUCACAUGAUUGCGGUACAGGCUGAUAGAAAUCAGGAUCUUUCUCAAAGAAGUCAAUUAACCCCCUCCCCCUCCCAUAAUUAUGCAUGGCCUGCUCCACUGGCUCUUUACUGAUAGGGCUGCUCAGCUCAGCUCAAUAUGCAGACUCAUGCUGCCUGCAUCUGCAAGGGCUUUUGUAUAUUGUGAGAAGCAUUCGUCAACCUUUUUUUUUCAGAAUCUGCUGGCAGUCUGCUUUAAACUUUUCAAAGCCAUUAGUUAUUCCCAACCCCAUCUUUCUUCUCACCUGACAAGCUGAAAGGGCCAGUACUGGGCCAAGGCAGGAGGGGGCUCCACCCCAGGAGGCCCUUGGUCAUUAGUGCAUUAGAGGCUAUAGAUGAUGGCUGAAGUCUGUGGUCAGAGUAAAUAAGCAGUGUUGCAUUAAGUCAACACGACCAGGCGGCUCCUUCACAGCACCCAGUGUUGACAUAACUGCUCUCUUAUCUGAGGAGCGCAAAGCCAAGCCCCACAAUAGAACACUGUGCCAGAACAAAUACAGUAAGAAGAUAGAAACCACACUCUCCAACACACACACACACACACUGGCUGUGAGGGAAUGUGUCGCAUGGCACUACAAGUGAAGGCUGAUGCUGAUGCCGACAUCAAUACGGCACAAAACAAUGUAUAUCCGAUAAAGCAGGCCUGUGCAGCAGAAGUGUAAUCAAGUUGCGGCCCCAGCGUGGGCUGUUCAUGCUACCAGACUGCCUGGUGUUCAUGUGAGCUCAUGAAAAUAAUGGGGUGUUUAGGAUCUCAGUAAUCUGGGUGAAGGACCUGGACUCUGCUCGUGCUGCUCAACCUGGCAAAGAAUGAAGGCCGGCCUGACAGUCAUGAGGCCAGCUCUGUCGUCGAGCACUUUGCGGAAGUUGCGGCUGCAGCUAUCACUUGUCUGUAUGUGUGUAAAGCUGAGCAGAGAGAAAGAAAGGGGAGAGGAAAAAAAAUUGUGCUAGUUUGCUUUUCAAACCGUUGUUUAAGUACCUGUGUUCCAUUUGCUAUUUUUCUGUGUCAAAACAUUUCAGUAGGCCCUCUUCCCCUCAUUGCCUCACAUCACCCUAAUAACUCUUCUUUAUUCUCAUUCCCUGUCUUCCCCCACCUCCCCCUUCCUCUCCAUUAUGGCCUUUGCAAGGUCUAGUUUGAGCUUGGCUCACACUGGCGUCGUGAUACCCUGCUGAAAGCUGUUGCUCCCCUGUGGAUACGAGGACACAGCUGAGGUUUCUCUGCGCUACCUCUCGCUCAUGCUUCUUCCCCUUUAACUCUGCGACCAUGACUCGCCGUCUUCCUUCCACGGUUUCCCCAAAUCAUUUCCCUGGUCAGGCUCGCCACAUACCUUGCGGCUUUCUGGCCCAAUGCGUAUGUGCUGACAUGUUUUAUGGCCAAGCAGAGCAGAAGUGUAUAUUUAAGAAAAAUAAGAAAAGCCAACAUAUGGACUCAUAGGCACACUGAUCAAAGUCGGUUUAUUGGUUACUCUGGGAUGGAGGGUUUUUAUUUGAGACCAAAACACUGCCAGUAGUUCUAUUGAGCAGUCAGAAAAUAUAUGAUUUUAUUUUCUAUCCUGCUAUCACGUGUAGGGGCAUUUUUGCGUGCCUUUUCAGUGGGUGUGCAUCUGUGUGCUUGAGGAUGUGCUAUGUCAAACAAAACGAGCAGCUGCAGCACAUCUGUUAACUUUGAUCAGAUGCUGCAGGCCUUCUGUAGCCCCACAAGGCCUCCCUCCUCCUCUGUGCCAUUUCUGAAUACGACCUGCAGACAAAUACAGAGCGAGGGGGAGAAUGACACGUGACCGUCCAGCCCGCCCACCUGUCCAGCAGACUAGAUGUGAUCACCGCAAAGGAGAUAGAUGACAGCAAUGGUGGCUGUGCAGCCAACCAACCAGACAAGACAAACCAUGAGCAGUUGAUCAAGAUGAUAUCCCUCCCUUCCGUCUCCCUGGUUUGACCUUGGAUUGUGCCUUUCCUACUCCUAGCUGUUAAAGACUACAUCAAGCUGACCAGCUGGAGAAGGGAGAGGAGAGGCAUUUUAUGGCCGCCCUGCUCUAUGUUACACUUCAUCUGCUCAUGUUCGGGUGAGGAUGACCUUCUCUUCUCUGCACAGAUUGCAGGAAAUGCUCCUAAUUUUACUCAUCUCCACUCAAGUGUGAUGCUGCAGAUGUUGAGCAGGCCUGGCAUUCCAUGGAUGACCGGUGUCGGCAGUCGGGAGAUAUAUCUCGUCUUUAGGCUCAGUUUGUCAGAUGUAUUUCACAAAGAAUUUGCACUGUGUGAUAUGGCUGGCCUUGCACACGCUAGACAAUGUAGGCUGCUACAGUGGAAAAUCUGUAUGGGCCAACUGGAGUAUUGUCCUUCUGGCUAAGAAGCUUUGCAACCACAGAAGUCAAGGAGAUGCACGCGUAUUAUACAGUGUCUUCUUAACAAGGUAAUACUGUAUAUUGUUUGGCCUUGGCUACCCAGGUGCCAUCCAUCCCCUUGUUUUUAGGUUAUCAGAACAAAAAUGCUUGCAUUUGUCUUGGCUAACGCUACAAGAAUUACACAUUUCUCCUUUGUUCCCCUUGUGAACCAGCAGCAAAUUAUAUUCAGGGCUGCAGGAAGACCUUGGGCUGGCUGGCUGGUGCGGCGGCUCUCUGCUCCGUUAUCUGCACUGUUCUGUCUCCGCGCCCCUGACAGGCUACAUCAGACGGAGAGAAGCCAGAGCAGGGAGCUGCCUUCUGUUUCUCUCACACACAUCACUCCAGGACUUUAUCAUAUUACAGGCCAAUCUAAGAGAACUCAGAGGACCGCAGCAAAGCAGUCUCUGUAACAAGGGCCCUCGUGUCCAGCACUGCUCUCCAUGACCUAAAGGAGGCGCCCGGGCCACAGAUGGAAGAGGGCGGACGGGAGAACGGGACAUUCCGACGAGCCCUGGUUGCCAGUUGAAUGCUGGGAUGCUGAUUUAUGGGCGGUUCUGACGGAGGGAGGGGUGAACCUCUGACUCCCCAUAAAACAAGACGUUCAUCUCCCUCCCAGGCCUCAGAAAAACUGAUGGACAAACAAGAGCUGAGAAACGGAGCACAAGUGCGACGAAGGAGUGGGAGGGAAAGCGUUUUUUUUUUUUUUUUUAAAAACCCAAAAAUGAAGAGAAAGUGUUUCCGUUUUGAAGCAUACGGAUGACGGCAACUGAAGAAAGAGAGCGAGGUGAUGAGGGAGGACAGAAGGACAGCAGGGGGAAGGAGAGGGAGUGAUGGAGGGAUGAUGGAGAGGGUGUUAGGACGGAAAGGGAAAAGAGGAAUGAGUGAUGGGGCUCAAAGGAGCAAAGGGAGAAGAGGGGAUGAAAGUGAAAAAGGAAGACGGCAGGCAAAAUCUGCCCCAAUGAGUCGAGCUGCCUGCAGAUUUAUGUGGUGUUGUGGGUAUCCUUAUACAUCAACCAGAGGAGAUGGGGAGACUCGAGCAAUGUGCCGCCUAUGGGGUUUUGUGUGUGUUUAUCUGUGUAUGUAACGCACCGCACAUUUAUUCUCCAUCCUCGCGCUGUUCAUGUCUCCUCCAAAGCAAACUGACUUGCCUGUGGUGAGGUAACAUCCACCCACAUCCACACUCCACUUUUCCGAAGCCUAUCUAUCUAGCGCUGCUGGUAGAGAAAAUAGAGGUUUAGACCACCCAGGACCAGGUAGUCAAAGAGCUGCUUUGAUGUGGCACAAGCAUAUGUGCAGUGCAUAGGCACAAUCUCUGCGAAAACGCACUCGCAAAACACUGUUUUACUGCCUCCUGUGCGGCAUCAUUACUCCUCGUCACUGGAGAGGUGGGAUACAAGAAAUGAAAAAGAAAAAGAGAGUUUGAGAGAGAGAGAGAGAGGCAGCCACCUCCUGUGCCAGGCAGUGCCAGGCUGAAACACUGGAGCCGCAUGGUCACCCUGAGGGAGGGGAAACCUGCCCAGUCUAACCACAUCUCAAUUAACCAAUUAAGUUCAAAAGUUAACAGGGGACUAAUUAGAGAGAAUAUUGCUGAGCACUUGUUUUAAUCUGCCUUUUUCCCCACUACCAGGCAUGUCUGUGUCCGUGACCUGGCUGGCUGAGCUUUGGCUGCGUCGGCUGAAACAUGGCACGCAAGCCGCCGUUAGUCACCCAUCCAUCCCCUUGGCCAGAACAUAAAACCGAUGGAUUUAGACAGAUCAGUCAUCAGCAGUAAAACAAACCAGAUCCUGAGCAGUCCACUUGAUGUUUCCAGUGGAACAGGAGAACCAUGAAAACCCCAUUUUUGGAUGUGAAGAUUGAGAGACCUGUGAGAGAUUAUUCAAAAGUUGAGGACAGUUUCUAAUCCAACCUAACAUGGCCGUUUCCUGUUUUCGCCCCCUCUUGUUUGGUCCCGCAGAUGGUUAUUAAUGGAUGCCAAAUGGGAGGUUUAGUGUCUCGCUAUUGGCCUGUUGGAGUCUCCUUUUAACGCCAUUAUAUUAAAUGACUUGCGUUUAGGACUCGAGGCUACAGCGCGCUCCUCUCGUUGACAAUGUGCCUCGGGCAGAGGGUGUCUGUAACUUACCACUAAAAGUACAAAUUGUAUCCCUGUGUUCAAGAGGAGGAGGGGGUUUGGUUGCUAUAUUGGCUGCUACCACCAAUAAAAGAUAUGUGUGCUGUAUGACACAAUUGUAGUGGGGCUGCUUUGAGCCCUGGAGCCAAAUGCAGUGUGUUUGGAAUCAGUCUGACAGCUAUAGAGAGAGAGAGGCGAGAAAUCCCUCUUUGACUCUGCUCGUUUUCCAGCAGGGAUAUAUUUGUACUGUGAUUUUUUUUGGGGGCUUUUAUGAAGGCUGUGACUAUUUAAGUUCCUGCAUGGUUGAUUAGCUGUGUGUGUGUGUGUGUGUGUGUGUGUGUGUGUGUGUGUGUUUCAACAUGUGUGUGUAAGAGGAAGAGGGUGAGAAAAGGCUGUAGAUGUCAGGAUGCAGUUUGAGGGGUGAAGGACUCCCCUGUUGUAUGUGAGGCCCUGGAGGAUUCCUCCCCCCUUUCUCUCUUCCUCCUUUUCCCUUCUUUCUAAACCCCCCCUUUACACCCAUCUCUUCCUCUGUGAGAUCCACAAUGCUGGGAAGAAAUGUGUCAUUAACAGGGGAGACCAAAAUAAUGUUUAUGGGCUCAAGCGGCACUGAAAUCAUUUUCCAUAUCAGUGCAACUGCAUGGGCCCUGCGGGGGAGUAAAUCUGAUUUUCUCCUCCCUGUGCCAAUGGGAAACAUCAUGGGAAAGAAAACAGAUUGGAUUGUUAGAGAGACGGCCUGACGCAGCUGUGGGCGGCUCUUUUUAUGUGUGUGUGUAACGUGUGUGUAUCAUAGUGACAGAGACAACCAGAAGUGAAAGAGAGAAGGCAAAAUACAAAUGUGGAUAUUUAGUGUGCGUGUGUGGAAGAGAGCUUGAGAUGGAUGAGGCCCACUAUGGUAAUCACAAUUUCAUGCCUCAAGAAUAAAGAGCUGGAACGCAGCAAACGGCCCUGAAACACCCUCAUGUAACAAUGGGUCAGUUAACAAGCACCCUUGCCAAAGUUUGGACAGAUAACAAAUGGUUCUCCUUGAGGAGUGUGUAGCUGCCCUGUAUACAAAGAAUAAAAUGCUGCUUGCCCUGCAAGGGCUCAGCAAAAUACCGGGCCAUUCCAUAAGAAACACUUGCAUUUAAUUUGAACCAAGACACAAAUAACACAAUUGCUUUAUUAGGUAGCAUGGAGGAGGGUUCAAUAAAGUAUAAUGCUGAUUGAAAUAACGCCUUGUUGCUUGGAGAGAAAACACUCUUGGCCUGGUGUAAUACGCACUUCUUGUUACGCCAUGAACAUUUAAGUUCUCGGAGGAGAAAUUGAAAGCAGAGUUUGGCGAUUUUGUGUUGUGACAUAGCUUUUCUUGUGAAUGCUAUUAAAUCUGUGUUAUGGGAGUAGGGAAUGUGAUUGCGCAUGUGUGGGUGGGUGUAAAAGGAAGGUAAUGGGCCUUGAACUCAUUUGUCCUGGCCUGGUCCUGCUGCUGUUUCGAAUCUGUCCUCCCACCUCCUGUGUCCCGGCCUGGAAUGUCUGCUUGGUCUGCACAGAUGAGGCUAUAGUGACUCAGCACACUUCUGCACUUUCACACGGAUCACAGCGAACCCACCUAAACACAGGUCCGAGUGACAAGCCCAAACCUUACAGACCCUAUCUUAACCUUUUAGCUUUUGUCCAAACACGCAUGUCCAGCUGCUCUUUGUCCAGUUUCUUUGUAGUCCGUCAGAGACAUCAUCACAUAUCCUGCCCUGUGCUUUACCCUUAACCUCUUCACCCAUAUACCUCAGCUUCUUCGAACCCUGUAGCCUUCACCCCUGAGCCAGCUCUUACUUUGACAAUUGGAGUUCUUAAACAACACACUUCCUGGUCUGCUCCUCUGCAAAUAGCUGCACCGGUGCCGAGUGUCCAGCUCUUUAUUUACUGUGCUCAUAAAACACCUCUUCAGCAGGAACUGUUCCAGACGUUGCUAUCUCUUCCUGUCAGCUACCCACUGCCCUUUUCUACACUACUGUUGGCAUAGGAGUGCUGGGAUUAGAGGUGAAACCCCUUUUUUUUGCAUUGAUUACCCUCUCUGAAAAGGAGCCUUUUUAUAAAUGAUUAAUUGCAGUCAAAUUGAGGUGGAAUACCGCUUGAGGAGGCCGGCCAGAUAGGGGCACACAUUUCUGGCUCUACAAAUAGUGAAGGAGGGCGAGAAGGAGAAUCGAUGGAGGGAAACAUAUUGGUGGGAUGUGUGCAUGUUCUUUGACAUCACUCCACCCCUCCUAGAACAAACUAUACCUCGGAGACGUUUUCUCCGAUCUGUUUUCUCUGUCACAGCCUGUGUGGAUCCAUUGUUGUUUUCAGGCUCCCUGCCAAGCCAGGAUGAGCCAGUUGGACUAAUUUGUUUAGGAUUAGAAUCUCUUAUCCCCAUCAUGUCAACUUGUAUAGUAUAAACAGCUGGGUGAAGUGCGCGGGAUGCUUUGGCUGACCUCCCCGCGCCAAUUUUAUUUGCAUAGUACUCACGAAAAAAAUCCAUCUUACCCCACCAUCGCUUCAAUCGCAAGCAAGUGGCUGACCACAAAGCCACUCUACAAACACCGGCUGUCAACUUUCAGCGAGACGACCACCAUACGCACACACAAUCGCACACAUGGAGGCACGCAUAUGCUCGGCGACACACACUCCCACACACUCUCUGGUGCUCUUUCACUCUCAAAGUUUCUCACAGUUCUCCUCACACCCUUAUCUACACUUCUAGUCUAAACUCUCGCCCCUUACCCCUCCUCUGGAUGUUGCCCUGUCGCACGUUCUCACUCUCUUCCUCCAUCCAUUCUUCUAACUGCUUCUCCCGCUCCCUUUCCACUUCUCCCACCCCCGCACUGACCACAUCCACUAAACUCACUCCACAGGCACGCAGUGUGGAGAGUGUCGGAGGCGUGCGCUGCUGGCACUUUCCCCCACCUCUGCACUGGGCCCAGCUCCAGGACUGGACCGCCUGCUCGCUCUGUCUCUCUCACUUCAGUAUGCCUAAAGUCAGGGAGGGAGUUUGUAAAGCAGGGGGGGCAAACAACAACAAACUACAACAACAACAAAAAAAACAACCUCCUGCUACAGUUGUUUGUAGGAGGAGGAAUUUGGCUACCAGUUGCGCUAAUGUUUUCAAGAUGACUUUGACUGUUUGAAGGAAAUCCCCCCUCUUUAGUAGCCAUUUGAAAUUCCUUCUGUGUUUUAUUGUGAGGAAGUAGGCGCUGGGUUAGUCAGCGGCUCUCCAGGGUAGUGUGUGCAGUCUGUCUGGGGCUGCCGGUGUGUACAGUUGCCCAAACCAUUCCAGUUUCCCCGCGUUGCUACAGAGGCUCAUGAGUGAAUAUAUGUACGUGGAAAGUCUGGCUGGCGUCUUCUCGGGCGUCUGAAUUCUUGGGCAGAACAUGGAAUUACAUCGGUAGGAAAGUCUGAGAAAGACGCAUACUGCUCAAUAUGUUUUCGCUUGGCAGUGGAUUGAUGGGCAAUUCCUCCGCCUCCUUCAUGGGGACCUUUCUGGCCAGUAGUCUGGGUUCCCCCCCUUCCCAUCCGUCUCACCCUUCCCGGCCGCCCUCCUCGCCCUCCUCACCCUCCUUCCGGGGCGGACCUCACUCCAGCGCCUCGCAAAUCUGGUUUCCCCAUUCACAUGAAGCAGCUCCAGGGUAUCCUCGAUUCUCAGGGAGUUUGGCCCACACUUUCCUUCCCAUGAGCCACUUGGAUCACCAUGCCAACAGUGGAGUUCUCUAUGGGCAGCACCGUUUCUAUGACACGCAAAAAGAGAACUUCUAUCUUCGAGGUCUCCCAUCCCAGCCACCUCUCAUCUCAGCCAAUCACAGUCUGCCACCAAUGUCCAGGGCAGGUUCGGGACACUCUCAGGGGUCCUGCAGCAGAGACAGAGAUCCAGGGACAGGCACUGGUCUACAUAAGGGCCUAAAAGAGGGGUCAGUGGAGAGAGGAGUGGUACCUGUAAAGGACAAGGAGAGGUCCAGUAGCAAACAAGAGGCAAAAGAGAGACAGCAGCAACAGCAGCAGCAACAGCAGCAGCAACAACAGCAGCAGCAACAGCAGCUCCACAACCAUCAGCCACCCCAGCCCACACACCACCACCAUUCCCACUCCCAUCAGCAGCACCCACACUAUCCACAGCACCCACUACCCCUGGAGGAGGUCAACAGUCGAGCCCUGGAGAGGCACAAGGCAUCCCUUACCAUGGAGUACAGCAAGGAACACCCUCAGAGUAUGGGCAAGCCCCUCAGUGCCUGCUUGCACAAUGGCAAGAUGCAAAAUGGAGAUGCAGGAACUGGAGCAGGGGCUAAGACCUCCAUGUCCAGCUGUGGGGGGGAGGGCACAGCCCUUGGGGCUAUGGUGGGUGGAGGGAGCAGCCAGGGCAGGCAUAUGGUGUCCAGCGUUAGUAGUCGCUGUACCAAAGAGGGGAUCAGUGGGGAGAUGAGGAUCAGUGAACAACCUUCAGACUGUCUGGAAAGGAGUCAGGCACCACUCCACCACUCUCUAUCCUACUCUGUACCCCCACCCUUACACAUGGGUUCUGCUGCUGGAGGCGCACACCCCCAUCCACACCCUCAUACUCACCCCCAUUCACAUCCUCACCCAGGGGGCUUCCACUGCCUUCAACUCCACCCUAGCCACCCACACCAUCCACAUCAUUCACACCAUCCACACCACCAUCCAGACUUCUUCUGCCCGCCCCAUCCUGCUCCUCUAGUCAACCCUGCCUCACAUGAGAGGGGGCCCGCCAAUGUGGGGCGAGAACCUAAAAUCACAGGGCCUACAUUUGUGCCAUCUGUGGCAGGCCUGGGGGACAAAUCUAGUGGUCCAUUCCAGCUUGGUAACCCAGAAUGCCAUGGUGUGGGCGGUGGAGGGGGAGGCGGCAAUAACAAGGAUAAGGUAAUGGAAAAGAAUGGAGGCGGUGGGCACCAUAGUAGUUGGCAAAGAAAACAACAGCAACAGCAGCAGCAGCAGCAGCAGCAGCAACAACAACAACAACAGCAACAGCAGCAACAGCAGCACCCAUACAGAAAGACAGAUAAGGCUCCAGAUUGGAUGCAGUCCCACCACCAACACCUUCAGCCCUCACAGCUUCCUCCACCUCCCCAGCUACAGCAGCCUCCACCUCCCCAGCUACAACAGCCUCCACAUCCCCAACAGCAGCACCAAGUUGUACGAUCACGCAGUGCUGAGUGUAUCAACAGUGGCGUGGACAUGGAUGUGUUCAGACCCUCGAUGCCCCAGGGGCCAAAGGCUGGAAACUCUGUCCCUCAUUCUGUCAACACUUCUCCUUACAGAGACUGUUCCCAUCCAGGACCCCAACCUAACGUCUCCCCACUUGGAAGUAAAAGCAUGGUUCAACAUAGUGGGGCUGGAGUAGCCCAUGGCCCUGGUCCUGCCGGUAGCUGCUCCUUGCAGAGAGAUGGCCAAAAGGUAGCCAGGAUACGCCACCAGCAACAUGGCCGACCUGGCCCAGAUGCUCCUUCUCCUGCUGAGUUGAACCAAGGGACUAGUCAGGAACUAAAAAGAAAAAUGGAGAUGUCUCCUUAUGGUUACGGCAACAGCAGUGGGCAGCACCACCACCAGCAGCCCCCGGUGCCACCCUGGGCCAUGAGGCCUUCCCACCACAUGUCACAACCCGAGGAGGAGCAGAGGAAGUCUUACAUGGAUUUAGGAAGUACUGGUGGGCAACACUCGCAGCAGCAGCAGCAGCAGCAGCAGCAGCAGCAGCAGCAGCAGCAGCAGCAACAACAACAACAGCAGCAGUCAGGAAUGAGCCUGCCACCUCCCCAGCCUCCCUCAGUACCUCCCCUCAGUCAGCAACAGCAGCAGCCACAGCAGCAGCAGCCAGAGCCCCAGGGCCCAACUCAGGGGGAGAGCAGUGCCAUGAAAAGCUUACUUAAGUACAGCAACCAGCAACAGCCACUGCUCCUCUCCCAGAAGAGCCCCUUUGGAGGGCUGGGAUCCCUCAAAUCAGGUCCUGCUGGGGGGAGCUGUGCCCUGCAGGGCAACAAACAAACUCUACCUUCCAGAAAGGGCCCAGCCAAUGACAACGAGCGCCCUGAUUACAGUGGGCGGGGCAGGGAAAUGGGGGAUGCAGGUCAUGGGGAAAGUGAGGUGCGGCAGCCGCCAGUUGGAAUUGCAGUUGCUGUGGCCAGACAAAGGGAGCCACCUUGUCGCUCAGCAGACAGUCAUCCAAACAGCCGACAAGGCAGGGUACAUCCCUCAGUGAAAGGACCGCCUCGCUCCAUGUAUCCUUCAGAUCCUACUGCUGAAGAGGAGAGAAAGAGGAUGAGUGGGGAACAGAUAGGUCUGACUUGCUUGGACAGAGAGAGAGAUGCAUAUAUCAGGGAUAAUAAGGAAAGGGUGGAGUUUGCAAGAAUCCACCCCUCCAACAGCUGUCACGGAGACCUGACCUCUCAUCUCAUGGUCCCAGGCGGAACUUCCCUCCAGUCUGGCCAAUUAGGAGAUCCUGCUGCACAUCCUGCUCACCAUCAUUGGAUGCCAAGAACUGGAAGCCCAUCCCUUUGGAUGACAGGACAUUCUUAUGCAGGUAUAGGUCAUACAGCCCUGCACCAGAAUCUGCCCCCAGGUUUCUCAGCAGCCAUGCAAGGCCCUCUGCAGCCAGUCCUGCCUCUGCCUCAGGACCCCUCUGCCCAGCUGGUGGUCCUGCCCACUGAGCCUCCCGCCCAUCCUGCGACCCAUCACCUGGAUGUGAUGGAGCAGCCAGGGCUGUGGCCCCCUGUGUAUGGUGCCCGGGGCCCACCCUCCCACAUGCAGCAUCCUGCUGUGUACUCCCGAUCCCAGUUUCUACGGCAACAGGAGCUGUACGCUCUCCAGCAGCACCAGCAGCUCCAACAUCAGCAUCAACAUCAGCACCAGAGCCACCAGUCGCAGCAACCACAGUCUCAAACCCAGCAGCAGCAGCACAGAGCUGUGCACGGCAUGGACAUGCAACAUCAUGCCACUCACAAUUCACAGAUGCAGAAGAGGCCGGAUGAGCCCUCUGUUGAACUAGAGGAACUCAUUUCGGAACCAAGAACAUCUAAACCUGCCAAGCCCUACUCUUACAACCCAUCUCAGAGGAACACCUCUUCGCCUGGGGCCUGCGCCGCUCACUUGUCCCCUUGUUGCCAGUCCCCGUCUCUACGACCACAUCCCAAGAGCACUCCUUCUACACCCUGCCCUGCUCCCAGCCCUGCCGCAGCAGCCCCUCACUCACCUGCCAUCAGCCCUGCUCCACCUCAGAUGCUCAAGGGGGCCGAAUCCCAGGACAAGCGAGGAGAGGGACAGCCCCCCCAGGAUUACCCACAGUCUCUGGAGCCUGACUUGCCUCCUGGAUACACCUACCCUGCCAUUGCCAUGGGCUACAGGAGCGGGCCCUCCCCCCAUGAUGUUCGACUGGCUGAGCCAGCUGACCUGGAAGCAGUCCAAGUGGAGCCUGCUGAGCAUGCUCCUCAGUCUCUCUCCGGCCUGGGGGAGGAGCUAGACUGCCAAGCGGUGGUCAGGCCACUCCCAGAGCCACUCCCAUCCGAGGAAGUAGAGAAGGAAGAGGAGGAAACAGUGGUGGAAGAAAGGGAAGAGGUGGAGGUAGCAGCGGUGACAGCAGCCAACUAUGUGCUUGGAGAGAGGGAGGUGGAGGAGCAGGGGCCCGCUGAGGAAGAGGUGAUGGUUUGCCCCCCUGCUAAGAGCCCGGUGUGCGAGGCUGCUUCCUGUCCAGUUCCCCUUUCAACAGAGGAGCUUGAAAGGCCAGAAGCUGUCAUCACCUUGGAGGAGGAAGCGGAUGAUGAGGCGGUUGAUAGCCAGUUGGAGUUUCCUCAAAAGGUCAACAUGCCUGAGCAGGAGCCAGAGCUGCCCACCAUCAUCGAGCUUGACCCUUCUUCCCCUGAAGCUCCUGAGCCUCAGCCCCCGUCCCUUGGGGAAGCAAAGGACAGCGAGCAGCAGCACAAGAAUGAGAUGAACCCUGAUGACGCCUCAGUGGAUUUUGUGUGUCUUUCCCCUGCCUCAACUUCUGCCCCUAGCCCAAACCAGGCAACUGUUGCAUUGCCCCACAAACCUCUCGUGCCCUGCUACUGGAGUCUGGAGCUGCUGAUUGCUGCUGCCUUCUGCACAGACGUACCUCCAUUUCCCUUGUUCCCCCUUGGCACCCCAUCAGUUGCCCCGUCACAGCCCAACCCCUACCAGGGCAUGGAGCUUCUGAGUGAGCUGGCAGAUCUGGAGCUGCAGCAGCAAAAGCACACCUGUGGGAAAAGCCAGGAAGAGGAGUUUCUGAUGUUUGACCUCCAGAGCCUUGCUACCCUGGCCACAGCCCGUGCUCUGGAGAUGGGCUCCCAGGAGGGCAGCAGUACGGGUUCAGGGCGACACUUCCCAGCUCGCAGGAUCCUCAAUUUACGUAGGAAAUGCAGUUGGACACCUCGCAAUGAACCGGUGUGCCCGGCAAAAGGUAGCAUGGAGACCAUGGACGGUCCCGAGCUUGCAAUGCGUGUGAAGUUGGCUGAGCUACAGCGUCGCUACAAAGAGAAGCAAAAGGAGAUGGCCAAACUUCAGAGGAAGCACGAUCAUCAGAAGGAGGAAACUCCUCGCAGCCCAGCUCGACGAGGACCGGGGCGGCCAAGGAAGCGGAAACCCACCCUCACCACAGGUCCAGUGUCCUCAUCUGAGGGCCAAAGAAAAGUCAAGUCGAUGGGGGCGGGGCUUGCACUGUCGCCUGAGGACCUAGGAGGGGGCGGUGACAGCCAGAGAAGGAAGAAGAGGCUGUCCAGUCGAGGCUUUGAGCGGCUCAGCAGCACACAGCAGAUAAAAGCACAGGGCUGCAGAAAAAGCAGUCUUCACAGCAUGCUCAGCUCAAAGCUGGCCAGUGAUGUGACUCAGCUCAAACAAAAAGCCCAGUGUAAAAAGAUUCUCUCAGGGACGGGCUCCAGGGACAAGGAGGUUUCGCCCUGCAACUCCAACCCCAAGCAUGGAUACAGAAGCCAGGGCCCAAGCAAAGCCGAGUCCAGGCGAGAGUCUGGGGGACAAAGUGACACAGCAGCCAGUGUGGACAGUGGCCCCCAAGAGAGCUGGACUGGACUUGUGCGCCAUGGAUGUAAAAAGGGAUCCUCUACCCCGACACAGGGCUUGUCCCGUCUGAGCCAGCCCAGAGCGAGAGAUCACUGUGGCCAGAGACAUGACGCAAUGGAGGAGGGAGAGAGCUCCCCCGUAGAGAGUGGCUCUUCUGAUCAAGAAGAGGAAGAAGAAGAAGGCAGUUAUGAUACUGAUGAAGGUCGAGACUACCGAGCCCAACCCCCCAGAGAAGUCACUUCUAGCUCCUCCGUGAUCGGUCCGAGUCCCUCAUCUGUUGUAAAACUGGAGGCUAACCAGAAAGCCAGGAACAAAAAACAGAGACAAGAGCUUUAUGGCUCCCAGAGUCUAUCUGGAGCCGAAGGGGAGGUCAAAGUAAGGAAGAAGCCCCCCUGCAGGCUGGGCCUGGCCACUGCAGUCAAAAACCGCCGUGACGAUCACCGGUCCGAAGGGGUUAGAAGGCCAUGUGGACCCAGGUCUAAGGAGCCUCGGUGGGGCAGUCUUGGGACCAGAGGCAACCGCUACCGGAGGAGCAUGGGACUGGCCACCUUCCCGACCACCAGCGAGAGGCUAAAGAGGGCGACCCGCAAGAGCACCAUGUUGAGAGGAGCAAUCAAUAAGAGGAGAAGUUGCUGGUCAGUCGGCGGCCCAUCUUCACAGAGUGAGGAAGGCAGCAGGGGACGAAGGAACAAGGACCAGCAGCCAAAGGGACGAGCAGUGAGUCGACUGCUGGAGAGCUUUGCGGCGGAUGAGGGCUUUCAGAUGGAUGGCAGCAGCUUCUCGGAAGAAGAGGAGGACAACAGCCGCUCGUACGGCAACAAAAUCCCUGAAGUUCCAAACUGUGUCCUGACCAAAGAACUCUUAACCGAUGGACUUAAGGUGCUGAUCUCCAAGGACGAUGAGCUUCUAUACGCUGCCAGAGUCCACACACUGGAACUACCGGACAUCUUCAGCAUUGUUAUCUACGGUGAAAGAGGAAACCGCCCAAGAAUCUAUUCAUUGGAGCAGCUGCUACAGGAAGCUGUCCUGGACGUACGGCCAGAGUCGGAGACUAUGCUCAGUGAAGGAACCAGGGUGUGUGCUUACUGGAGCGAACGCUCGCGCUGCUUAUACCCAGGCUACGUUCGCAAAGGUGGUUCAUCUGAUGAAGGGAAGCAAGGAGGAGUGAUGAUAGAGUUUGAUGAUGGAGACAGGGGGAAGAUUUCUCUCCCAAACAUCCGCCUGCUGCCUCCAGGAUACCAGAUUCACUGUGUGGAGUCAUCUCCUGCCCUGCUGAUGCCCAGCGAGGCCAAGGUUAAGAGAAGUUAUAGUCUGGAGCAGGCCCCUCUCAGUGACCGGCCUUAUGACAGAUACAACAUUAUCAAUACUUUAACUCACAGCCAAACUCCACCUGUUCACAAAAGAAGACCAGGGAGACCAAAGGGCUCUGGGAAAAAACAAAAGCAGCAGCAACAGCAGGCUGAGAAUGCCAAUAAAAAUCCUUCACCUUUUCUGGGUUGGCCUUCGUUGGGUAACACCAGGAAGAGGUCGUCCGACAACUUGUUUGAGCUCAAUGGGGCACCCAGGAAAGCCUUAAGAGGGACGGAAGAUGACCUUUUCCCCUUGGCUAGGACCCAGCCACUGGCCUCCACCCCUGCCAAAGGCCUUUUCAGCAGCAGCUCCUUUGAGGUGGACUCCUUCAGCAGCAUUGCAAAUGGCUACUCCUCCUUCUGUACUCAGUCCAAAGGGCCAAAUCAAGGUUUAUCUCUGGUCCCCAGAAGUGGGCCAUAUGGCCAGAGGCGCAGACAAGAUGAGCUUGUUGUGCCAAGAAGCAGGAAGUCUGGACAAGAGUUUUUAGUCAAGUUAGAUCAUGAAGGAGUGACCUCCCCUAAGACAAAGAACGGCAAGGCUCUGCUGUUGCGAGGUGGCUCUUCCAGUGUGAGUGGCAUGCCCAGGACAGAGACUUACUCUCACCCAGUCUUGCUGGUUAAAGACAACAAAAAUGGCGGUGCCUCAAGGGUAGAACUUCUCCGGAAAGGAACCACACCCCAAAGAAAGCCCUCCUAUUCUCUGCGUCUGGAUGAAUAUGGCGACUUGGGCUUCAGCGCCCACAGAGAGUGUCACAGCUCCUACUCUGAUCUGGAUGAUGACGAGGAAGAGAGGAGGACGGCUGCACUGGCUGCAGGCUCAGGAGGACUAGGGACGGCUGGCCGAUUCCUGUCUCGUCUCUCGGUCUCAUCAUCGUCUUCUGGUUCUUCAAGCUCCUCCUCUUCAGGGUCUAUCUCCAGUUCCAGCUUGUGCUCCUCGGAUAAUGAUUCCUCUUACAGCUCAGAGGACGAGGACAGUUCUACAUUGAUGCUUCAAAGUUGUAUGUCUUCCCACCGGGGCCUCCUGCAACCUUCUGAACCUUCCACGUCUUCAAGGCCACACCAGCACUCCUUUGUGGCCAAAGCUCUGGCUGUUUCCAAUGCCAAAGGAGACUCCCCUGACCAGAUCUCCAACAGCAAGUCCCUGAAGAGGAAAGAAUGCACCAGCUCCCCCUCUAAAUCAUCGAAGGAUUUUGUGAAGAAACCUAGGAUGCUUCCAGAUGACACCUCAUUUAUUCCAAGGCCUAAGAUGUCUGCAUUCAUGGCAGGACGACAAAUGUGGAGGUGGUCAGGAAACCCCACACAGCGGCGAGGUCUGAAAGGCAAGGCCAGGAAGCUUUUUUAUAAGGCCAUCGUGCGAGGCAGAGACACAGUGAAAGUGGGAGAUUGUGCUGUGUUCCUUUCAGCUGGACGUCCUAACCUCCCAUACGUAGGUCAAAUUGAGAACCUCUGGGAAUCCUGGACCUCCAGUAUGGUGGUCAAAGUCAAGUGGUUCUACCACCCUGAAGAGACCAAGCUUGGCAAGAGGCAUCGAGAUGGGAAGCAUGCCCUUUACCAGUCGUGUCAUGAGGAUGAGAAUGACGUCCAGACAAUCUCUCAUAAGUGCCAGGUGGUGAGCAGGGAGGAGUAUGAGUGUCUGACUCGCAAUCAGAAGCCGAACAGUACCUCCCCAAACCUCUACUACCUGGCUGGGACGUAUGACCCCACCGCUGGUCAAUUGGUCACAACGGAAGGGGUUUCCAUCUUGUGCUGAACCUCCAUGAGGACACUACUGAAGGACUCCUUUGGAGGAAGGAUAAAAGUCCAUGACUUUACCUACAAGACCCUCCAGCCUGGGAAGAUACAAAGUGCACCUUGGGUAUGCCUCAAGGACCCAUGGACUAAACGUCAGCACCGAAGCAGGGCUGUCUGAGGUUACACACUGGAGUCUAUUGGCAUCUAACCUUUGUGGAAGUGAAGGGGAUGUCCAUAACUGGUUGAUCCUUUCAAGAGGAAUAGAAGAAAGUCUGGGUCUUCACAAAGUUCAAUAGUUCAACUAAUCUCUUUUUAAUGGAUCCAUGUGACAGACAGCUUCAUAAAUGGUUUUAGGACUCAUGCCUCCUGCUCCGAUCACAUGUCACCAAAGGAGAGCUGAGAGUGCAUUUGACUGCAAAAUAUUAUGAGGCUGAAUAGGUUCUGCGGACCAAUUCUUCAAAGGUAGCCUUACCUAAGGGAAUGGAAAUGAAAGUGAGGCGUGGGGCUCUCCAGAGACCUCUUCAUUCCAGGGAAGUUGAAAACAUGUAAAGGAUGUAAAGUUGAUGUCUGUAAAUAUUUUUGAAUUUUUCCCAAUCAAGCCAUACACUUCAGUACCUCUCGCCUGUCUUAACUGUUCAGGUGUACAUUGUACAGCUCAAUUAUUGUAUUGUUGUCUGUUGUCUAUAUGUACAUAAAAGCUAUUUUAUAUAGGAGUUUAUUG